AUGAGUAUACGAUUUGUAGGGGGAAAAUGGCGGGUGAUUUCGCCGAUUUUUCGAGCUUCCUGCCCUGCCAGGCACUUGUACUUGCAUAAGGGACCACGAGUAAGCGGUUUGAAGCGUGACCCCGACGAAGUUUUUACCACGUUCACAGCACACAAAUACGGCGAAAAUGCCGACAAUUUGCGGCCAAUAAAACAAUUCUUGGACGAUAAAUAUGCGAUCUCCGACGAGUUGGCGUUGCAGGUUUUAACGCACAAGUCGUUUGGUAACGGAAUCAAGCCAUACAACGAAAAAUUGAGUGCCAUGGGUCUGAAGGUGUUGAACCUUUACUGUGCCAAAUACACCACCGAUACCCCCACUACCGCCAACGAAAACGCCAUCGACGGCAAGAACGUCGACGUGUUGGGGUCCCCCAUGGCCAAGGAGUUGGCAGGAAGGCUAGCAUUAGGGCUUUUUGCCAAGAGCCACAAGUUGAACCAGGUGCUCUUCUGGAAGUCCUAUAACCACUCGCUUGGGUUUGAGGCCAGUGGCGAGAUGAAGGUGAGUGCACAGAUGAUGUAUGCGUUGAUUGGGGCUGUGACGUUCACCCACGGCAAGACUGUGGCCGAGGAGUUUAUACUGGAGAAGUUGAUGAAGGCAUCGCCGUCACUCGAGGAGAUCAGUGCCAGCGUGGUGGAAAAUGUAAAUAGAGCAUGA